UGAAGCAAGCCAGGCUGGAAAAUGUCGACGAAGGAUCAAGCACAGGCGCAAUGCCGCCGCCUGUGGGGUUUAGCGCUAAGCCGUUGCCCAGUCUGGGAAAAGGCUUAUCUCGCACACUAGGCCUUUUGCGGUAUACUCAGCGAAGGUGCUCCCGCUCCGCCCUCUUCCCAGCAUCAAGUUGCGUGCGUCUGUAGCUGGUCGAUCCUGGCGUGGAAGAUAUAUAAGGCCAGUGCGAUGUCCCUCUCAGUUUGCUAUUUCAGCCCUCACAUCCAGCUCCAAUACAUCAGACCAUCCUCUAUUCUGUGUCGUUUCCUGUUCUCUCCAGACAGAGUUCACCAAUUGCGCCAUCCCCCUCGUCCUCCCGCGUUCCUCCCAUCAGCAUGAGUAUUUCAUUGCUAGCCGCAAGGAGGCUCUUCGACGAUAGUUCGGACUCCUCAGACAAGAAUGUCUGCCCCACCGAAAAGACUGGUCCACCAAUCGUCCCAUUCGUUGGGAGCAUCACCUUCCACGAAUUCGCCUACAUCCUGUCCGGGGUGUGCGCCAUAGUCAGCUGUCUCAUGAUCUUCGUCGUCGUCUUUCUGCAUGCUACCAACUACUCGAACCCGAUCCAACAGCGCCAAAUCAUUCGAAUCGUCCUGCUCGUCCCUUGGGUGGCUCUCUUUGCCUUCCUGAUCGUGUGGCAGGAAGGAGCCGGGGAAUAUCUGAUGGAAUCCGUUGACUUCGGUUGUGCGAUCGCCAUCUCGGCGUUCCUGCUGCUGCUGUGCGACUACGUGCUCUCGAAUCCUGGUGGCUUUGACGACCUUUUUGGCGAAGGCGCUUUGAAAAGGAGGGAAUUCGCAUCAGACAGCCCUGCAUGGUUGAAGCGCGUUUGGUACAUGGUGCUCCAGUUCAUCCCCACUAGCAUCAUCAUCUGGCUAGCCACCUGCAUAUCCCUCGCAGCUGGUACCUAUUGCGCCGCAUCCAAUAGCAUCCACUUCGCACACAUCUGGAUCAGCGUCUUCAAAGGCAUCGUUACCACCGUAGCCAUUAUUGCCUGUCUCAGGUUCUACAAGAUCCAGAAGCAGCACCUGGCGCCGUACAACGUGUUCCUCAAGCUCUUUGCGUUCAAAGGUAUCAUUGGCUUGAACGCCCUCCAGACCCUCAUCAUCAACAUCCUCGUUGGCGGCGGAACAAUCAAUCCUUCGAAAUACUUCACGUACAACGAUCUCGCCGUCGGCCUUCCGUCACUCAUCCUCGCUUGCGAAAUGCCCAUCUUCGCCACGCUCCUCUUCUUCGCUUUCCCCGUGUCCCCAUACAAGGGUGGUCAGGGCCCCGCUGCCGGUCCUGUCACGGCCCUCAUCCAGGCCUUCAACAUUACAGACCUGCUGUCGUGUUUCGUGCGGGGUCCGAUGAGGCUGGUCAGGGAGCAGCAGUGGGGCAUUCAGAGGGCGAACAGCAUGCCCCUUGAGGCGAAUGCGGGGACGUAUCAGAGUACCGAGUAUGGGAUCGAGAGGAGGGAUGGAGCGGCGAGGUACGAUAACUAUAACGCUGCUUAGGGGAAGAGUGGAGACUGCAUAUUGCGGGGAGUUGAAUUGCGGGAAUUACGAGGUUACGAUGUUACAGGUCUUGCGGCCUUAAUAUGCAUGUUUUGAUACGUUUGUCUAGCGUUCUGUUCUAUACACGAUUUCCCAAUUGCUUUUCGAAUGCGAUUUUUGUUCGAGUCUCCUUACAGACCCGACAUUUCUCCACUUUGCUACAUAUCACUAUUCGUCUCCUGUACAUCUUCAUCUUAUGGGCACCCAUCUGCACAGCGGCUAGAGAGCCAAUGCGGAUCGCCGCGCAGAAGCACGCAUUGCUUUUUGGUCGACGGUCCAGGCCCUACGAACCAUGGGAACCAAAUUACUAUCGAACUAGAGUCUAUCAUC